AUGUAUCGUUGGCUUACGGUAUUUCUAAUUCUCCAGACAGCCUGGACGAUAUGUGUUAUUGCACUAUGCCCAGUAACUUGGAUAAGCAACGGAAAGAAAUGUUACUAUUUUAGUAACGUAACCUUAAACUCUGAGUUAGCCACGAGCGCCUGUUUAAGUUACGGAGCAAAACUGGCCGAACCACAGACGUCACAGGAAACGGCGUUUCUGGGAAACCAAGUGAACAGAAUAAAUAAUGGAUACUUUUACAUCGGAGUGGAUGACCGAGUUCAAGAAAACAAUUGGGUGUACACGUACGAUCAAUCUAGAGUUCUUGUGUCUGACUGGGGGCCCUCUGAGCCAACUUACACAACCAACGAAAACUGUGUCGUUAUAGCAGAGAAGUCCACAAACAGAGGUCAUUGGGCUGACGUGGACUGUAAUAGACACGAACAUUUCAUCUGUGAGAAAGGCCCGUGUCCGCUGGGAUGGAUUGACUUUCAUGACAGAUGUUACUUCUUCAGUAAGACUGUUGCUAAUUACAGCACGGCCCAGGCCAUCUGUCUUUCCUUGAAUAGUGCACUUGCAGAACCUGUAUCUGUAGAAGAUAAUAGUUUUCUUGGUACACAAAUUAACAGAAUUGGCAGUGGGUAUUUCUACAUUGGAGUUAAAGAGGUGCCCGUUCGACAUUCGUGGGUGUAUUUGAGCUCUGGCGAACCUAUAGAAACCCCAGACUGGGGACUGGGAGAGCCCGACCCCGCAACCAAUGAAAACUGUGUACUCAUCGCAGAGAAACCAACCAACAGAGGGCACUGGGCGGACGUGCAAUGUUCGCGGAUGGAACAUUUCGUGUGUCAAAAGAGCUUACGGGAGACAAUCCCAGGUAUCAUCGGCUGA